GUGAUAAUUAGAAAAUUUCAAUUAUCAAAUGGACAGAUUUUUGAGUAAUGAUAAUAACUCUCUUGUGUAAUGAUAUAACAGCUUUGUUCCAUUUUCACAAAAGACUGGUAAAAACGUUGACAAAUAUAGUAAAUUAUCAUGGGAUGUAAUCUAUAACGUCAAGUGGUAACGACAUGUUUUAUUUGAUAUUGAAAUAAUUCUGAUUAGAUAACGAAAGUGGUUAGGUCAUUCCUUUUAUUGUAAUAGUAACACAGAUAAUAGUCAUUACUAUAAAAUGCACAUACUGCAUAGCUCUGUUUAUUUUGCAUACUCUAUAAAUACAAUUCAUUUUGGACACGUCGAACGCCGAAAUACAAAUAAAUUGGAUGUAAUUGGAUGAAAAACGACAUUGAGGGUUUAUAUUUUAUCAGAGUAUUAUUUAAUAUGUAAUGAUGCACAUAUGUGAAUUAAACAUGACGGAUAAGGAGAGUAAAUUAAGCAUUCGGAUUAACAGCAUUCGUGAGUUUGAAGAACGUCACAAUAAAUCUAAGUAAAAUAUCACGGAUAAAAUGACUUUUUAAAAUCAUGUGCAAUACAACAGAAGCUAUACCGUCUGAUAUCAUAUUUGUCUCUAACUCUAGUCAGCUAGUAAUGGAAAGUACAUGUACGUGGAAUGAUACUGCCAAUGUUACCACGACAUAUAGCGCUGAAGUAAACUGUGCAAGUCGUUUAGAAGAUGACGUGUCUGAUUAUCUCUGGAAAAUAUUUCCACCUAUUUUGUUUUGUUUUGGAAUAAUAGGAAACAUUUUGACAGUGAUAGUCAUCAAAAGGCUUGGGUUUCGAAAACAACCGACCCUGACAUUUCUUCUAUGUUUGGCGAUUAGUGAUAUUUUUGUUUUGUGUAUCGGACUCCCGAGAUACUGGAUACUCUAUGUAUUUCAAUUUGACUUGAGAACGGCAAGUAAUGCCAAUUGUAAACUUUAUUAUUUCUUUAUAUAUAUGACAAUGCAGUUAUCAUCUUGGAUCCUUGUUGGAGUCACUGUAGAAAGACUUAUCAAGGUAUAUUUUCCAAUGAAGUAUCGACGUUUAUUCAGUUACAAAACAAUAAUAAUUGCUUUAUUUGUAACAUUGUUUAUAUUAAUUCUAGUAAAUGGACAUUUCUUUUUCACGAACGGUAUAAAUGACUAUACAGAAGGAGAGUGCGGUUCACUGAAUCCAGACAUUCAAUAUUUUGAUGAUAAUGUCUUUACUUUUAUUGACUUUUCUAUUCUAAGCGCAGUGCCAUUCUUUAUUAUGUGUGUAUGUAAUAUUCUUCUUAUUAAAGUUCUCAAGAAAACUCAGACUAGAAGAGUGUCGAUGAUGCAUAGAUCGGUGUAUCAACGGACAACUAGGUUUAGUGUUAAAAUGACGAAAAUGUUAGUGGCGUGUACUUUGUACUUCUUAAUUGCUACAACACCAAUAUCUAUCUAUUUUAUACUUGAUACGUACUUGUUACCAGUUUAUGAAGAGGAACAUAACUGUGUAGCGAUUUCCAGAAUGGACCUAGCCUGGAGUAUCACGUAUAUACUUCAGUAUUCGAACUCCAGUAUUAAUUUUUACCUUUAUACAGCGACAAAUGAGAGAUUUUACAAAGAACUCAAAGCCUUUCUACGAUGUCGUCGAAGUUUACGCAUGAUGAGGGUAUACAGUACUCAGAACAAUGGCAACAGUGGUCGCAGACUAGCACGAAUGACAUUGUCUACAAGCCAAGGUCUGGACCUUUCUCAGUCGGAGGACAAUAACAGUCAUGUUUAACAUUGCGAUUAUAAUCAUAUUAUAUUCAAAGGCCCGUUAUGCCUCAGAUAUGCUAUCGUUUUUAUUUCUCAAAAUGUUUCAGACUUUAGUAUCAUGUUACAGUUUCAAAAAAAAUGCUACCUUUGCUUAUUUUGCUCUGUUGGCAGUUGUUAUAAUUAUAGUGAAUUAGUAUUUUGUAUGAUAGUCAAAAUACUACCUUGAUUACAUUCUGCUACCUAUACACAUUUCAUAUACACAUUUAAUUUCUACAGCUGUUAAACUAACUAGCUGUUUUAACAUGCUAUAGUUCCAUUAUAAAAACAUUAUAUAAUACAUGCUUAACAUUUCUAAAAAAUGAAAUAGAUAUGGAUUUCAGAGGCGUAAUGUGCCUAUAAGAUGAUAAAUUUUCUCAAAUGUAUGAGGUAUAUUUUUACAAAAAGACAACCUUUAUAAAUAUUUGUUAUUGUAAGAGAUAUGUAAUACAACAGUGAUCCUUAAUGUUUGAGAAACAAUGUAAAACCAUAGAAUUAAAAGAAAUGAUAAACAUGAAUUUAAGGAUGAUAUUCAAUAUUGUAUACAUCUACCUUAACUUUUUGUUUUUGAAUUUUUAAAUAUACUUAAAAUCAAUCGUGAGAUCAUAUUGAUUGUAUUUGUUCACUAAUAUAUUCUGCAUGUUUGGAAAGGAGGAUUAUUUUUUAAAUUUAUCAACCAAAAUACAGCAUAUUUAUUGCCUUUCAUUUGUGUUAAUACAUUUUAAAAGCCCAAAAGUAAGCUAAUACAUAUAGCAUUGAAGGAAAAGAAAUAAAGAAAAGAUGUACCCGAGUCGAGGAACACUUUUUCUAAAACAAAGGUAACAUGCUAGAGAUAAACAUAACUUUUGAAAAGAAAGACACAAUAACCGAAUAACAAUGAAGUAGAUACUUAAAAUGUCCUAACACCCUUUGGUUUCUAUAUGAUCUCGAAAAAACAUUAGAAUAUAAACAAACGUAUGACAAUUUCGAUUUACACAAAUACUUUUUACAUCUGAUCAAAUAACAUUUGAAAAUGUGUUAAUAUCUGAAAUGGCAGCGCUCAAUUUCCAUAUAAAAGGUUGGCUUAUUGUUCCAAAAGAACAAGUAGAAACAUGAUAUUUUUAUCCACAGUAAUAGGAAUAUGAAAUUUAUUGAAAGCUUGUGCAUAGUUUAGAUUAAGUUCAGUUCUCAGCGAUAUAAAUGAAAAAUAAUAUGUCUACUUUUUUUCAGUCUGUCAGACAUGUAAGACAAUAAUUCAACAGGAUGAAAUGUAACCGUUUAACAAUUUAAUUUGACUUGUCCAGUACUAACAAUAAGCAAUUUUAUGAAUAUUAAAGGGUAUAAAUCUAUAUCUUAUGAAAUAUUUUAAUAAAAUUUAUUAACAGUAAAAUUAUAUUGGUUCCAUUAUUAUAUAGUUGAUUCCCGAAAAAGUUGUAACAUAGAAUGUCUCUGUUAUUUAAUACACAUGAAUAAUGUACGUAAACAAAAUUAAAUGUUCUGGAACAAAAUAUUUUUUUGCUAUUUUAAGUAGGCUUUUAUCCGUUUAGCAAUGGUUUUGUGCAUGAGCCAUUCGCUUUUAAAGCAAUAAAUUACCAUUUCUAUUUCAUACAAGCAUUUUUGAAACUUUACUUUUUUAAAUUCAAACAAUAAUGUUUGCAUCAGAUAUAUAGCUUUAUACACUUUAAGAUGAAAAUUUACAAUUAUUCAACUAACAUUAUAAAGCAUGGUCUGCACGGAUGUGCAUUACUAAACAUCUAUUUCACUAUACGUUUAAAAUAAGGAAAUAUGUUUAUUUUGACCUCCUGCCAAGGAAUGGUAUUUUUCUCUUAAAAAGGAACAGGAUUAGUUUUAUCUGGCUUAAAAUGUUAUACAUGGAGACAAUAUAUAUACUUGUAUUGUAUGUAAAUCUUUAAAUGUUUGAAAUAUCAACAUGUAUGUGUUUCGAUUUAAGAUUAUCUGAUUGCUCUCUGUCAGAAACAAGCCUGCAAAGGAAAGGAAUUUGUUACAUUUGAACUUUAGUUUAAACAAUAUUUUAUUUAUAAUCCAUACAUUUACAUAAAAAAGAACAUAAAAUAAAUUUACGGAAUGAGUAGGAAGCUUGUAAAGCUUUUUUGAAAAGUCUCUCCGUAAUCAAUUGAACUUUGACAAAGGAACCAUUUCUUUUGAUUGAUGUUACUUCAUUAUGUUUUGAAAAAAAACUACAAUAUCAAAAAUAACUUAAAAUAUUAUUAUACAAAGGAACAUUGUUUUUAAAGAAUAAAAAUCAAUGGACAAAGAAAUAAUUUUUCAACUAGUUUCAAUGUUAAUUUGAAAACAACUUCAAAUACACGGAUAUACAUAGAUUCUAUUUACAACUAGCUGAUGACAAAAAAGUGAACUGGGGAAUGCGUGCAUGAAUAUUGAACUUUCAACAAACCCUUUUAUCAUAAAUUUCGUUUGCUUUUGUUUGCAUCAUUUUUUCUUUGAUAACCAUUAAAGCAUUUCAACAAAGGUAUAUAUACGAUAAAACACUUGUAUAAAGAUGAGAAUAAAGAUUUACAAAGGACAGCAUAAUAUAGCAUUGAAAGUCGUACAUUUUAAAGAUAUACUAUGCUCAUCCUUACGUAAAGUAUUUUUAUCACAGAAAUUUAUUGAAAGCUAUGUAAUUCUUACCAAAUAUGUCCACUUUGAAUAAAAGAAAGAAUAAUUAUGUAUUGGAAGUUGCGUUCCCUAUUACAGGUCAUGUAAAAUUGGUCUUUUCUUAAAAGCAACGCCAGUUUUUUUUUAAAUGACAUUAUAUUCAUGUUGUAACCACCUAUAUAGUGUGUAGAAUUUUAAACACAACAUAUCUACUUUAUGUGAAGUUUAAACAUGUUUAUUUUAUAUUUACAAAGAGACUGUGUAACAAUUAUGAAUAUUUUUAAAUAUGAAAUUCGAGCGUAGUAUAUCAUUAAAGAUACAAUACGAA